ACGAAUUUGUAACUGCCGCUGCACGAAUUUGCCUAGAAUUUGUAUCGUGUCACAUUUCCAUGGGGACCGUACAAGAUCCACUGAGAUCUACUAAGCUUUCAUUGGUCACAGCUGAAGAAUCUCCUAAACACCUGUGCAAGCAAGCAAGCAUAGAAAGCAAUAGUAAUGGAUAUCCUUUUACUGCCAAGAGCCAGCCGUCUGGGGGAUGCCUGUUUGAAGUGAACUCUGGCAGAGAAGCCAAUGUUCCAAAGAGUGACUGGCAUUGUGAAUAUGACACCAAGCAUCCAGACAUACUUUCUCCUGGGUCCUUCAGCUGUUCCAAAGAAGGCAUCAUGGCAGCUCCAGAACCAGUAAAUUACGCUAGGCAGGAAGGCUCCAGAGCCAAGGUCCAAGGCCCAGCACCUGAAGCCCACACCUCAGUGCAUGGUGAAGUUGAAGUGCCUCUUACCCAGGAGACUAACAAAAAUAUUCCAAGUGAUAGUGGACAAUCAUGUAAUAUAAUUGAUAAUAUAAUUGAUAAAGCAACCAUGCUGCCCGGAGGAGACCUUGAAGUUGCGGCGAGCAAAUCCAAGGAUUACUCCAUUCUUCCUUCCUCUCCUAUUUCUUCUGAUAUCCAGCAAGCAGCUCCUGCAGGGAAGGAAAAUGCAUGCGAAGUUAUCGUCUCUGCAAACAGCCACGUCUUGGUUUCCUCUGAUGGGAUGGGUCUCAAUCCGAAAGCUCCUGUUUGUGUGGAAGCAGAAUCAGGGGAUGCAAAGGAUGAAAAUCUCUGUCCUGAGACGGAGCCACAGACUGCGUCCGAAUGCAACCCGAAGGGCUCUCCCGAGACACCCUGCAUCGCUAGUGAUGAGCCUAUAGCAAAGGUGGUAGCAAGCCUGUCCAAAUUCAAAGAGACAGGUACGAUGACAGUAAAGCCUGAGAACAGAUCCGUAGAAGCAGGGAUGAUAAGCUGGUCUCAUCAAGAUGCUGAGGUUCAAGCUGUACCUAGUGUGGAAAGCAGGUCAGCUUCUACCAGCCCAAGUAUCUUGACGGCAUUCUUAAGAGAGAACCUGUCCCCUGAGGCCAAACAGGACCAAGAUCAGUUGCACAUUAUUUACAUGGGAGCCAGAGGGAAAGAGCAAUCUGAAAUAAUUGAUGACUUUGCAGCCACUGUCCAAACACCUUCAUCUAUUGGCAUCAUGCACAAGGUACAUGUUCAAAUCCCACCCACAACAGAAAAGCCUCUGGAAAGUUCUAAUGUCAGACUUCAGGAGAAUCUCACAAACAUUCCUGAUCCGAUUAGCUCAGCAUUGUUGGAUAAGGCAGAAAAGGUAUGUUCAGUGGCGUCUGAAAAUUCUCAAGAAACUUUGGCCAAGAGGACAGAGGUACAAAUGACAGACAUGGCUAAAAAUUGCGGCGAUGUUCCCCAGCAGCUACCAGACAAUUCAGUUCUGCAGAAAGCAAGACCCAUUUCCCAAAUUGGUGUCGGUUCCAGUAAUCAGCCUGUGUCUACCCAGCUCCCUGCAAACGUUGAAACUAAACUACCUCCCUGUUUUGCAAACCCAGCCAUUGAUAGCAUAUAUCAACACUCUGAUCCCUCUCCCUUCUCAGGAAAUCCUUCUCCUUUGUGUCACAGAACAUCGGUACAAGCUAAGGCGGUUAUCAGUAUGGAUACUGAGAGGACCUAUCAGGAGAAACAGCUGCAAAUCAAGACUGUUGAUAACCUUGAGACAGCUCUGCCCAGUUUUCCCACUGCUGUAAAUCCAAAGAGAGAAGGAAAGGUCCAUCUCAUAGCUGAAGAACAAAAGAUGAAUACAACAGGAUCUGUUAAUGGCUCUCAAGUAAUGAGUGCUCCAGCUGCAGCAGAAAGCAAGCAAGAUACAGUUCCUGGGGAUACCAAGGCAGAAACUUUGGUCAGUCAGAAUCCAAUAUUUAAGUUGAGCAGAGGUUUUGGUGCUGCUGUAGGAAUCCAGAAUGAUAAAAUCCAGAAGGGUCUGGUGCUUGAUAUACCAGCCAUUCGUACUUCUUCGAGUCCUACACCACGUCAUGGCGAAAAGAAGAAAGGGCCCAAGGUUUUUGCUGCUGAGGCGAAAAUGCAUCUGAAGCAAUCCAAGCGUGUCAGGGAUGUUGUGUGGGAUGAACAGGGCAUGACCUGGGAGGUUUAUGGAGCAUCUCUCGAUCCAGAAUCAUUGGGAAUUGCUAUCCAGAACCACUUGCAGAGGCAGAUCAGGGAGCAUGAAAAACUGAUUAAAGCUCAAAGCCCGCAAGCCCGAAAAUCCAUAUCUUCAGAUACAUCUUCAAAUAAAAAAUUGAAAGGGAGGCAUCACAACGUUUUUCAUUCCAUGCUGCAGAAUUUUCGACGCCCAAAUUGCUGCGUUCGUCCUGCGGCUUCUUCUGUGUUGGAUUGAGAAAAUAAAAUCAGAAAGGAGGAGGGGAAAGUAACACAUCUGUUUGUGCGUACUUGUGUACUUGUACAAGGAACUCUAUGGAUAUUUGAGAUUCUAAUACACUGAUACAGGGUUGUGGGGAGAGGAAAUUAUGACAGGAUAUUUCGUUCCCACUAGUUAACAUGCCUUCAUCUGUCUAAUUUCUGCAAAUUACGCAUGAAACAUUCAUGUUCAUGCCGGAACUUCCCAGUCAAUUGCCAAAUAAAAUAGAAGUACCUGGUAAAGCAAAAUUCAGAACUGUCAGGUUACUUAAGUAACCCACUGUAGCUUUAGAUGGAAAGAGAGAGAUGACUAAAUCUUAAAUAGAUUGUUUUUAUUUUUUUUCAUGAGAUAAUGUAGCAAAACAUUCGCAAACUGAGGAGUAGAAAGAAAGUUGGGUUUGGGUCUAGUAGAAAGAAGGAAUGGUGCUUUCUUAACUGUAGAAAACCUUCAAAGUUGAGACUCAUCUACACAUUAAAUACAAGACCUGGUGCCCAAAUCCUUCCAGCUGAGUUUUGCCCAUUGGCAGCUGCUGCCGGCCUUUCCCCACUGAAGGGGCUUAUUCUCACAUGAAAA